AUGCAAUCAAGGAUAGAUAACCUUGAGAGGAAUAGAAGAAGAGAAGAGCAAGACAACCUAGAAGGCAAUGAUGAAGAAGAAGUGAAUGAGAUAGCAGAUCAAGAGCAGCGAACAAAUGACAUAGAGGACCCUGAAGAAAAGAGAUUUGUUAGAUUGUUGAAGGAAGUACAAGGUAGUGGAGGUAAGAGUCAUAUUGAUUUUCCUAUCUAUCAGGGAAAGAUGGAUAGUGAAGAGGUGUUAGGAUGGCUUGAUGCCUUAGAUAACUAUUUUGAGUUUGAAGAAAUGGAAGAGGAGAGGAAAGUGAAAUUUGCAAAGACUAAGUUGAGAGGUACAGCAUUGACAUGGUGGACUAGUUUUUGGAAUGAUAGGAUGGCAAGAGGAUUAGCAAAAGUGUCUACAUGGUCAAGAAUGAAAAGUUUGAUGAAAGAGCAGUUCCUACCAUCUGAUUAUACCAUUCAUGUGAAGAGGAUGAGACAGAAUCUGAAGCAAAAAGAGAUGGAUGUAAUGGCUUACAUUGAGCAAUCUCACAAGCUUAGUAUCAGAGGAGGAUAUGAGGAAGAAGAUGAAAAGGUUGAAGGGACUGGCUGUUGGAUGGGGAUUGGUUCUGGAGGAGAUGGUGAUGCAGGGAUGCAAUUUUGCAUGGGAAUCUUAUUGCAAGGUGUGGGUGAAGGAUUUUUAGGAGGUGGGGAUGGUGGUGGUGAUGAUAGAGGUGGAGGUGGCAGAGUUGGAGGUGGUGGUGACAAAGGUGGAGGCGGAAGAGGUGGUCUCAUACUUGGUGCAGGUGGGGGUGUGAGGAUAGGUGUGGUGUUAAUUGUUGUGGGAGGGAUGGAGGAUGAUAGGAGACCCACCUAG